AUGCCCCUCCUUCUCGAUAAUGGCCUCCCCAUGCAGAUAGACGGAGUGGGAGACGUCGACGACCUAUUUGGCGACGGCACCGGCGGUCUUCCCAUGCGGCAGCCUACCAAGCAGAUCGAUCUGAGACUGGACCAGCUAAGGAAUCGCGGCUGCUUCAGGACUGUGGCUUGGUCUAAGGUGGGGACGAUCGCAUCGAUCACACCAGACGGCCAAGAGCUGGAGAUUCGCUUCCUGAGAUGCCAACCUUCCGAUGGCGAGUGGGACCUCAGCGAGCCGACGGUGUGCGGCCUGGUCAGGGGCACGCCCGAGGAUCCCCUGGUGCAUCUGGAGUGGUCCGAGACCAACAACCCCGAGCUGGCCGUCUUUGACAGCGCUGGCCGGCUCGCGCUGCUCAUCUUCUCCAAUACCCUCAACCAGCCCUUCAUGGUCAAGAGGUGGGAUUCCGAGCCAGUCGACGACAGCCAAGCCGUCGUGGGAUGCUACUGGCUGCCCGCCAACCUGUCCACGACCGGCAUGGGCGACAAGGCGACGCGCCAGUCGUACAAUGUGCUCUUUGGGCCCGCCAGCAAGACCGAACGCGGCAACUACCACUACACGAGCUCGUUCGUCCACGCCGAGUCACCGGCCCACCCGCAGACGGGGAGGAGCGCCCUGCUCACCGUGACGACGGGCGGCAUCCUCAAGAUGGUGUGGAUGCAGGUCAACAACAGACCCGAGGAGACGAGGCUGGAGCUGGAGAGUAUUGGCAGCGCAGAUGAACUCAUCACUCAUGCUGCUCUUGCCUCAGAAAAGAGUGCGUAA